ACAGCGAUUCUAAAACGCGUGCAAAUCAAGCGUCGUCAUAACGGCGUCAUAAGGGACGAAGCUAACCAAUGGCUGAAAAUUUUUGAAAAUUCAAAAUGGGAAGACGGCGUUCCGUUAAGAUACGAUCCCUUUUUGAGAUCUAUAAAUAGUUAAAUUGCUCGGAGCUUUAACUCCGUGUAAAAUAACACUAAAGGACGGUUCCUUUGAUUUCGAGAGUAGAUAUUCGCUCGCUUCUCUCUUUCGUCGAACUCCGCGUAAUAAUCGCUCAUAUUUCUCGCAGACGUGAAGAAUGGGGCUGUCUUUCACAAAGCUGUUCAGCCGGCUUUUUGCCAAGAAGGAGAUGCGUAUAUUGAUGGUUGGACUUGAUGCUGCUGGUAAAACCACCAUUCUUUACAAGCUCAAGUUGGGAGAGAUUGUCACCACAAUUCCAACCAUUGGUUUCAAUGUGGAAACUGUGGAAUACAAGAACAUCAGCUUUACUGUCUGGGAUGUUGGUGGCCAGGACAAGAUUCGUCCAUUGUGGAGGCAUUACUUCCAAAACACACAAGGACUCAUUUUUGUGGUUGAUAGCAAUGAUCGUGAUCGUGUGGUCGAAGCCAGGGAUGAGUUGCACAGGAUGUUGAACGAGGAUGAGUUGAGGGAUGCUGUGCUGCUGGUAUUUGCAAACAAGCAAGAUCUUCCAAAUGCUAUGAAUGCUGCCGAGAUCACUGACAAGCUUGGCCUUCAUUCUCUCCGUCAGCGCCACUGGUACAUACAGAGCACAUGUGCCACUUCCGGUGAAGGACUGUAUGAGGGACUGGAUUGGCUCUCAAACAACAUUGCGAACAAGGCUUAAAUGAAACAAUUGAACCGACGGUCACACUAACAAUGGCCCCAUUUUGAUGUUCUGGAUGUCCAUCUCGUUCAAGUGUUCUGGCUUUCUUUUUUUAUAUUUCUUAUUCCCUGCAAACAUUACCCAUUUGUCACUUGUAGUUUAAAGAAUAAUUUGAGUAAAUUUCGAUUUCCUUUGUUGUAUUACCUCCAUAGCUGCAAAAGGAAAGAAAAAGGUUUUCUCCUAGUUUGGGGCAGUUUCUACGUUGUGGCAAAAUUAUAUACAUAAUCUAGUACAUCUUAUGUUGAAGCAGUACAUAUAUCUUGAUGAAUCCCAAGGUUUUGUGGCUUUGGAGAAUGCUUUGGAGAAUGGAUUUGAUAUGCUCCAAAAUUUGAUGAAAAUUUAUAUAUUCAAUUGUAAGAGUGGUUUUGUUUUCUUUUUCUUCAA